UCUCGCGAUGUUUCCGGGUAAACGGGAGCCUCGGCGAACCGGGCUUCUGUGAAACAUGGCGGUCGGCUGGGACCGAAGCAGAAGAGACAGUCUUCGUCUUUUCAUGGCUUCUGCAACCAUUUGAUUUAUUCUGCUAUUAGCAUGACUAUAUGAAAAAAUAAGGUUUUCCUGAAGAUGAGGCGACUGAAUCGGAAAAAAACCUUAAGUUUGGUUAAAGAGUUGGAUGCCUUUCCAAAAGUUCCUGACAGCUAUGUAGAGACUUCAGCCAGUGGGGGUACAGUUUCUCUAAUAGCCUUCACCACUAUGGCUUUAUUAACCAUAAUGGAAUUUUCAGUGUAUCAAGAUACAUGGAUGAAGUAUGAAUAUGAAGUAGAUAAGGAUUUUUCUAGCAAAUUGAGAAUCAAUAUAGAUAUUACUGUUGCCAUGAAGUGUCAGUAUGUUGGAGCAGAUGUAUUGGAUUUAGCAGAAACAAUGGUUGCAUCUGCAGAUGGUCUAGUUUAUGAACCAGUAAUAUUUGAUCUUUCACCACGGCAAAAAGAGUGGCAGAGGAUGCUGCAGCUGAUUCAGAGUAGACUGCAAGAAGAACAUUCACUUCAAGAUGUGAUAUUUAAAAGUGCUUUUAAAAGUUCAUCAACAGCACUUCCACCAAGGGAAGACGAUACAUCACAGCCUCCAGAUGCUUGCAGAAUUCAUGGUCAUCUCUAUGUCAAUAAAGUAGCAGGGAAUUUUCACAUAACUGUGGGCAAGGCAAUUCCCCAUCCCCGAGGUCAUGCACAUUUGGCAGCACUUGUUAACCAUGACUCAUACAACUUUUCUCACAGAAUAGAUCAUUUGUCUUUUGGAGAGGUUGUUCCAGGAAUUAUUAAUCCUUUAGAUGGAACUGAAAAAAUUGCUGUAGAUCACAACCAGAUGUUUCAGUAUUUUAUUACAGUUGUGCCAACAAAACUACAUACAUAUAAAAUUUCAGCAGACACCCAUCAGUUUUCUGUGACAGAAAGGGAACGUGUCAUUAACCAUGCUGCAGGCAGCCACGGAGUCUCUGGGAUAUUUAUGAAAUAUGAUCUCAGUUCUCUUAUGGUGACAGUUACUGAGGAACACAUGCCAUUCUGGCAGUUUUUUGUAAGACUCUGUGGUAUCGUUGGAGGAAUCUUUUCAACAACAGGCAUGUUACAUGGAAUUGGAAAAUUUAUAGUUGAAAUAAUUUACUGUCGUUUCAGAAUUGGAUCCUACAAACCCAUCAGUUCUAUCCCCUUUGAGGAUGGCCACACAGACAACCACUUACCUCUUUUAGAAAAUAAUACGCAUUAGCACCUCCCGAGUGAAGGACAAAAACUUUUUGCCUGAGACAUAAAACCUUUUUUAAUAAAGUAUUGUGCAAUAUAUUCAAAGAAAAGAAAAUAUGAAUGAGAGCAGGAAUCAUACCUAGAAAAAAAAAGAACAAAAACCCCCAAACUGAAAUCCUAUAUAUGUUGUGUCUGUUACAAAUGUCCUAGAAGAAAUUAUGCAGCUAAUCAGUGAAUAAGCCCAACUGGAGUAUUGCUUUGAAGAUGAUCCGUUCUGAUGUUUUCACAGCAAUGGGCCACAUCGAAAUCAGACAGUGAAGAGACUGAAGGAAAGAAGUCAAACCACAGCUAAAGAGAAAGGCAUUGAUAAGUGCAAAUGUUUGCGUUCUUUUGUUUUUAACAUAUAUGAUGUCAGAAUAAAAUACGGAAUACAUAUGGAAAACUUAGUCUAGACUUUAAAAAAUUGUGAUCAGGUCACAUUGUUAAUAAAGGAAAACAGAUGGAUUCCCA